GUCGCAGCCACAACAACAGCUGUUGUUUAUAGCUAUACAUAUUUUAUUUUUACCGUGCAUAAUAUAAUGUUUUUAUACUGAAUAAGAAACAAAACAACAUGUUGCCGACUGAUAUAUGCCGCACAUGUGCGCUGCACAAUGUUAAAUUGUUGGCACUUUCAACACGCAACGCGAAAUAUGCGAAUAAAAGUUGGUGCGACAUUUUGUAUGAAUUAACACAAAAUGAUCCCUUAAUGGAACAGCUGGAUGACAAUCUACCUCAGUAUCUAUGUGAUGACUGCUUACGUAAGCUGGAAGAUGCUUACGCAUUUGUGUUACAAGCUCGCCAGGUGCACGAGCAGCUAUUGCAUAAACUACACAAAAAUUUGCAGUGCCUCGAUGAGGCACCAAUCGACAUUGCAACGAAUGAGAUUAAGAGCGAAACAGAUCUUGCUUUGGAGCAGAUAGAUAAUGCAGCAGCAGCAUUGGAUGUUGCUGGUGGGGAAGCGAUUGCUGCAACUCUUAAAAUACAGCCAGAGAGCGACAGUGACAGCAAUGUUGGCAAAACUGAAUCAGUUGAAGCCAGAGGCAACGUGCUAGACUUGAAGCCAACGCAGCUGAGACGCAGCAAUCGCAAACCAAAACUUGCUACUGACAGUGAGAAUGAAGAGACUUCAAAUUUGAAAGCAAUGCCGCUAAAGCGUCGUCGCGGUCGUCCAGCGCGUGUAUCGAAAAACGAAGUCAUCAACAAAGACGGACGACACGCCUGUGAUGUGUGUGGCAAGACCUUCUCGUGGCACCGCGAUAUGCAACGACACGCACGCGUUCAUUACGAGCAGGCUGCCUACGAGUGCGAUACAUGUGGCAAGCGUUUUUUACGCAAGGAUAAAUAUACUUUCCAUCUGCGAUCGCAUGAGAAACGCCAGGCCAAGCAUGCACAAACAACUUUGCCGCAGGGCGACGAGUGGCGGUUUGCAGAGCGCCUUUAUAGCUCGGCGCGUUUAAAGCGAAUCGAGUGUAAGCUAUGCGACUUGAAGUGCCAGCGAAUUCAGGAGCUUCGCGAGCACCUCACGAAUCACCAUGUCAACAUCGAGUCACUGUGCAAUCUCAGCAAUAAUAGCGAUGUUAUAAGGGAACAUUUUGACAGCCAAGCGUCGAAUUUGGAACAGAUAAAGCAACAGGUGUGCUCAGAGAUUGCCACGGGAAGUGAUCAACUUGACAAGUACUGUGUGAUAAUAAAUGCCCAUGGCUACGAACUCAGUUUAAACGAUUCCGAUGAAGAGUUAGCUGAUACAACUCCGGCAUAUCAAUGCUUGUCCUGCAAUAUUUCCUUUAAACGCAAACAUCACCUUAUUCGGCACACGCUAGAAGAGCACACUCAAACUCCUUUGCAUCGUUGCAACACUUGUCAAAUUGGGUUUGUGUGCGAGAUUCUGCUGGAACAGCAUCAACGCACCCAGUGUCAGAAUCAAUUGAAACGCCACAGCUGUCCAAACUGUCCAGGCAAAUUCAUCUGGCUGCAGAAUCUAAAACAACACGGGUGCUCAAAGAAGACGGAUCAAGAACGCCAAUUCCAAUGCUGUCUGUGUGAUGAGCAACUACACAGCAUGUCCGCUCUUCGGUCGCAUCUGCUUCAGCAUGGCGAUGGAGGAAGCGGAAUUGACGCUAAUCAAACUGCUGCCUACUUUCGUUACCAUUAUCCAAAUGGUGUGACUUGCAGUCAGGAAGAGCUCAGCACACGCAUUUCAAAUGACUUCAAGGUACAAGACUAUGGGCAAUACUUCAAUGCGUGCUCAGGCAGCGGUCGCGAGUUGGAUUUCUUUGCAUCGGACACAGAACUAAGUGAUGUUGAGCAGCUAACCACAUCGACGUCUGCUCUACAUUCAUGUACGUUGUGUGGUGUAGCCACAGCUCGACUCGCUCAACUGCUGAGGCAUCAAGAAGAUCGUCACAGCGACGUCACGAACUAUUUACCUCAUGUUUGUAAUAAAUGUGGUUUGGGAUUCGUGGCAGAGUCCUUACUGCAACAACAUCUGCGGCGGAUUUGCGACAAACGACAUGCAAGCUUUCAUUGUGAGCCAUGUAAUCUGCAUUUCAUCUGGCAAACGAAUUAUGAGCGGCAUAUGGCGAUCAAGCACGAGGUGGACACAGAGGAGGAUCAAGAGCAGACGCACAAUACUAGAUUGAGAAGCAAACGACAACAAGCUGCCAAAUUGCAAUGCAAUCAGUGUGAAAAGGUCUUUAUCUGGCCAAAGGAUCUAACGCGUCACAAGCGCAUUCAUCAGCCGCAGGCAUCGGCACAGUUCGAGUGCAGUUUUUGUGAGCGCAAGUUUCAUCGCAAGGAUGGCCUAAAAUCUCAUCUUCGUGUACACGGCGAACAGCAACUAGAGGUGCCGCUCACUCCUGUUGAGCAAAUGGAUGCAAGUGUACUACAGCGAAUGCCAGCAGUGUUGACACAGCUGUGUCGUCCGAACGGUUGCAAGCAGAUCCAGUGUAUGAUCUGUCUAUCGCAACACACAAAGAUCUCUGAUUUGCGAGCGCAUUUAAUGAAGCAUCAGAUAAGCGUGGAGUUCGUAGGGGAGCGAGCCAAACCGGAGAGCAUUUCAAGCAUUAGCCGCGGACUGUAUCCGGAGCUGUCGACACCCCUGGAUAAGCAGCAAUUAAUUGAACGCAUACAGCGUGAUCUGGGCAAAGGGAUUGAGUUGGAGAGAUUCGUUUCGAUCACGAACGAGGCAGCGAUUGAGCUCAGUCUUGACAGCAGUGAAACUGAAACGGAUUCAGACUCUACCGAAUCGCAACAAACUGACACUGGACGUCAAUACAAUUGUGACCUAUGUCAAGUGCAGUUGACCCGCAAACAUCAACUCUAUGCCCAUCAGCUGCAGCAGCACACUUGGCAAGAGGCGACACUCGUCUGUUCACAUUGCCAGGCCAAGUUCGUCAAUGAGCAGCUGCUGGAGCAUCAUUAUCGUACUCUCUGUCGCAAUGCUCAAAAGCGUUUUCUUUGCCGCAAGUGUCCACUGCGCUUUCGCUGGCGAGACAAUCUCAAGUUGCACAUCGACGUGGCACAUCAAGAAGCGGCUGGAUCACAGUCGAGUAUUCAAGGCAUUCAAUUGAAUACGACAAGUCUGUUGCCAAUUGUGAGCUACGAUUGCCAAGAGUGCAACCGCAGCUUCAAAAUGCAAAAGGAUCUCACUCGCCACACUCUAAUGCAUGCCCAGGACUCCAGUAUUUAUCGAUGUCGGUGGUGUGCUCGCCGUUUCUAUCGCGAAACCAAUCUGCUGCAGCACAUCGAACGCCAUGGCAUCAAUGCCGCUCAGCUGCCAUAUGCCGAAGCCAUCCUCAAUGCCAGUCGCCAUCCGCAUGGUCAAAAGUGCAUCCAAUGCAAAGUGUGCGAUAUGCGCUUUCCAACAAUUGCCUUAUUGCGUACACACUUGAUGUCCACGCCCAAUGGUAGCCAUCAUGAUGUUGGCUCGAUGCUCAACUACUCCAUCACUAAUCAGCUGGGCUAUGAGUUGCAUUUGGACGACUCGGAAACGGAUGAGGAAGGCAAACCUCCGGGAGUACCUACGCACUACACUUGCGGCAUGUGCCAGCUGCGUUGUGUGCGCAAAUAUGAGCUCUACCAGCACCAGCAGGCAAUGCAUCGACUGGAACGCAUUGCCGAGGGAUGUGAUAAAUGCAUCUACAAGAGCGUUUCCUCCGAUCUGAUUGCCUAUCAUCGUCGUGUGCUGUGUGAUAACACAGAAAAGCAAUUUAAGUGCGUUAAAUGUGGCUACAAGUUCAUGUGGGAGACGAACUUGUUGCAACACAUCCAGCUGCAACAUCCCAGCAACGACAAUCAGCAGGUGGAGGAGAUACCACAAUCGCUGGAGUUGUCUGCAGCUGAAGGUCAGAUCUUUCAGUGUGGCCAGUGUCCACGGAAAUACAAUCGCAAGGAUCGGCUGACAGCACAUGUUAAGAAGUGCCACGCACCAGGAGCCGUGAGCCCAACGAUAGCAAAUGCACCCAAAGCAGCAAAGGCUGCAGCAACUGUGGCUAAACAGCACAAAAGUUUCCUCUGUGCCUUUUGCGGCAAGGCGGUCAGCUCCUCAUCGAAUCUCAUCAUACACAUACGUCGGCAUACCGGCGAGAAGCCAUUCAAGUGUGACUUCUGCGACAUGGCGUUUCCUCGCUCCUCUGAUCUGCAGUGCCAUCGCCGCACUCACACUGGAGAACGGCCCCAUGUUUGCACUGUGUGCCAAAAGGGAUUCGCCCGCUCCUACAAGCUGCAGCAGCACAUGCGUAUUCACAAUGGCGAACGUCCCUACAAAUGUACCUAUUGUGAUAAGAGUUUCACCCAGUCCAAUGAUCUAACGUUGCACAUACGACGGCACACGGGUGAGCGACCUUAUCAAUGUGAAACGUGCGGGGAACGCUUCAUUCAGGGCACAGCACUCAAGAAUCAUAGACUACAGAACGGACAUUUUGAAACCUCAGAUUCCUUGGCUAAAAAUAAUUAGCUGUCACUCUAAAUGUUAUCAAAAAAAAUAUAUGUAACAGACAUAAAAAUGAAAAUAUAAAAAAUGGUAU